AUGUCGCUGUAUCACAACUGUAACGGCUGGGAGCCAACCAAUACAAAAAAAAUUCGGUACCGUUUUUUAGUAGUUAUGUUUUUUCUAGGAUCCAAGAGAUUAUUGAACUUGGAGAGGCUCGCAGCCAAUCCAGAUGACGUGUAUGAACUCCUUGAUGACCUUGAGUCCGAUUUCGAGGUGGAAAGCGAUAAUAAUGAUGAAUUUUUUGCUCCACCCGAACGCGUUUUAUCGGAAGAUCAAGAGUCCGAUAGCAGCAGCGACAGCAGUAGCAGCAGCAACGAGGACGCGCCUAGACCUAGUAUCAGUCAAAAAAAGUCUUCUGCUCCAACAUGGGUAAAGCAGCCAUUUGAAGGCAAAGAAAUCCCUACUAUGUUUGAUAACCAUGAACCUGAGCCAGUUUUGAGUCCAUGGGGUUAUUUUAGUAGAUAUUUUAAUGAUGAGUUUUUUGAAAUGGGGGCAGCGUUAACUUCUCAGUAUUACUUGCAACAACAUGGUAGGGAAAUCACUCCAAAAUUGACUGAUGAAGAAAUUAGGCAAUUUUUUGGUAUGCAUGCAAUUAUGGGAUGUUUUAAGUUUCCUAGAAUCCACCUUUACUGGAGUAUCAAAUAUCGAUUACCUCCCAUAGCUAAUGUUAUAGCGUGUGACAGGUUUUAUAAACUUCGAACGAAUUUUCACGUAGUCGAUAAUCUAUCAGUAUCGGAUGAUAUCAAAAAAAAGAAUCAUCUCUAG